GAGGGCGGGGGCAGCAGAGCAGCGGCGCCCAGCCGCGGAGCACCAGAAGCGCUCGGGUCCCUCUCUGGGACACAUGCUCUGAUUUUAUUUUAUUUUUUUUUUUUUGGGGUGGUCCUUUGGGGGCCCCGAGAGGCGGCUUCGAGGAUUUUUAUUUUUUUUUUAUACAUAUAUAUAUAUAUAUUUUUUUUUUGAGGGAUGUUCGGCGAAGCUGCCCUCCGAUGGUUCCUAACCCGCUCCGCUCCGCGCAGGAUGCGCUCGGCGCUGCGCCCCUCGUCCCGCCGGGGCUGCCUCCCCCUGCUGCUGGCGAAGGCUGUUUUGUCAACGGCUGCCGCAGUGGAGGUUAGGAGGGACAGGGUGGAUCUCUUGGAGCUAAGCAGGAAAGGGGAAGACUUUUACCAGGUCCAGGACAGCGGUUGGUUUUGCAGGAUGUGCCCCGCAGGCACCUACGUGGCGGAGCACUGUAAAGAGCAAAACGGCUCCAGCACGUGUUUGCCGUGCGAAGCAGACGGGUACGUCGAAUACCCCAGUCACUUCAGCAGGUGCCUGCGCUGCUGGACGUGUAGGGAAGACCAGGUGGAGCUGAGUCCUUGCAGUGCCACCAGGAACACGCAGUGCAUCUGCAAGAACGGCACCUUCUGCUCCCCCGACCACCCCUGCGAGAUGUGCCAGAAGUGCCAGUCCCGGUGCCCCAGCGGGCAAGUGAAGAUAGCUCCGUGCACGCCGCACAGCGACCUCCUUUGCGGCCCCCCCACGGGCUCCUUCUCCGGCUCCUACAGUAAGUUUGGCGCGGCUGGAGGGACGGGGGCGAGGGCUGGAGGUGUGGGAGCUGCCGCCUCAACGUGCCCUGUGUUACCAGUGAUCAUCAUCGUCAUCAUCGUGGCGGUGGCCGUGGUCCUGCUGCUGGUCUUGCUGUGGAAGUGCUGCUGCAGGCACCCCGCUGCAGGGGACAGCAGAGACCUGGGCAGAAAGUCUGGCAACGUGGUGGUGAGUCGUGAUGGGGGCUCCGCUCCCUCCUUGCUUUGCUUGCAGCCCCCCCCGGGAAGGCUGGGGGAGCGUGCAGGGGGCUGUGGCCAAGCAGAGCGGGGGUCUCCUGCGCCCCCCCCCGGGGCUGGUAUCACCGCCCCAGUUGGGAGCAGGGGUCUCCAGCUCGGCAGCUUUGUGUUUCUCUCCCCCCAGCACUACCUGGUGCUGCAGCUGACCCGGCGCUGGCGGGGUGGGCUGGGGACGCGGGACAACAUCCGCAACGAGCACCUCUCCCGGGACCAGGAGCAGGGGCUGCUCCCUGCCGUGGGGGCUCCCAGCGCCCCAGGGCUGGAGGAGGUGGUAGCAAUGACCUCGGAUCCCAGUGUGAAAACCCAAAAGAUUCUGGUUCCAGUGCCAGGAGAAGACCCUGUUAUCCUUCUGCGUCGCUCUUUUCACGUCUUUGCCCGAGACGUGCCCUUCAAGGACUGGAAGAGAUACGGCCGAGCCCUCGACCUGCUGGAGAACGACCUCGCUCUGGCGGAGAUGAACGACAAAUACUCGCAGGAGCCCUUCUUCCAGAUGCUCAACAUGUGGCAGAACAAGCAAGGGAUGAGCGCCUCCGUGAACACGCUGCUGGAGGCCCUGCACCGCAUCGACCUGGGGGGCAUAGCAGAGGACAUCUCCUCCAAGCUGGUGCAGCAGGGCUCCUUCCAGUACCAAGUGAGCUAAGCAGCACCUUCCCACAUGGGAACACGAAUACCUUGAAGAACAGUUCCUUUUUUUACCUUUUUAUCGUGGCUUACAGCCCUUGAAGCCCUUGUACAGCUGAGCCUGGAGGAGCUGAUCCUCCCGUGAAGUUCAAGCCCCGUGGCCUCCUCUGCCAGACCUAGGCUCUCGGUGCUUCCUCAUGAAACCCAAGCUGGUGCCUUCAUUUCACUCAAUCAAUGCAAUGAGCCAAAAACUAUUGCAAGCUGCCUUUGGGAUUGUCUCGCGGGGAAGCACUGGUACUCUAUGGACCUCGUGAGGCUUGGUGCCAAGCAGCAUCUUUGCACGGUGAAGGCAUCCUCUUGUUUUUAACUGGAUCAUCCUUUCCUGGGCUUUUUUUUUCUCUCUUGUUUUGGUGGGAUUCCUGGCAUCUGCAACGACUUCUGCUGGCAGAACAUCUCAGAGGUGGCCAGCCUGCUUAAUGCUGUAUGCUUGGUGGGCCAGCAGCAGUUGAGUUCUUGGGUUAUUCCUUAAAAGCUUUUUUACUGUGCUGCAUUUUUAGGUAGUAACAGUUCUGCUUGUUGUUAGAAAAUCCAACACUGGACUCAAGGGGAGGGCUGGGAGCCAUUUGCUGGCUCUGUGAUCGCCAGGGAAAAAAAAAAAAAGGGUUGAUGGAGGGAGCAGGAUGGAAAACAGCAAAUUACCAGCUUGAGAAACCCUCCUCUCUCCUCCGUGACCGUGGUCAGGGCGCUUGGUUCCCCUUCCCCUGGCUCUUGGGGUUUGCUGUCCCCAUCCACCUCGAGAGGCGACCGCGCUGAGCAUCCUCCAUCCCUCCCCAGGGACAAACACGUAGCUCAGGGACAAUGUGGCUGGAAACCUGCAGGGUUUGAGCUGGCUUAAACAUGCUGCAGCCCAGCCGCCGGGGACCUGCCCGGGCGCAGGGGCAGCGCCAGCUCCUCUGCACCCCCCCCACUCCGUCCUCCCCCCACACCAAUUUGCCAACAACUUUUUAAGAAAAAAAAACACAAAUCCCACCUCAAAAAUACAAGCAGAACAUUUGUAUUUAUGUAUUUAUUAGUAAUUGUAAACGUGUUCAUAUAUUAACUUAAAAGUUAAUAUAAAAAUAGUAUUGUUUUUUUUUUUUAACUAUGCAUGAUUGUGUGUUUUUGUACAGAGCUCUGGCCCAGCCAGCACAUCACUUCCAGUUUUUUACAGGUGUAUUUUAUGAAGAAGGAAUAAACUUUGUUUAAAAAAAAAAAA